CUUUUACCCCGCUCCGACUCCCCGAGCCCCCCCUACGGCUGCGGGAUAUCCGCUGAGCCGCGAGUGGAACUAUCAGCGAAAUUGGCUGGCAAGCAAUGGCGUCUGGAGGAGCCGCCGCUGGCGAGAGGGGAAGAUGGUCGAGUCGUGCGGCCUUCCUGCUGACGGCGAUGGGCGCCGCAAUAGGCCUGGGAAACCUCUGGAGGUACCCGAUGCCAGAUCAGUCACGCCCAGGGCGUGUGACGUAACUCUGUCUGGUUGCGGUAACUGCUGUCAAUGUCAGGUUUCCUUAUCUGAGUUACAGCUACGGCGGCGGAGCCUUCUUUAUUCCGUACCUCGGUAGGCGAGUGAGGCAGAUGGGACCCUUGCAUCGGUGACCUCCUGCCGAGAGAAUGUUGGGUGGUGUGUGAUCAGGUGCUCUUUUCUUGAUUGGCAUCCCCCUGCUGACCACUGAGCUGGCCCUGGGUGAGUGACGAAGUGAGCGCAGAACCAUCAGCACACCGACAGCGAGUGACCAUGUCUUCACGUGUGGUCAUCUCUCUCAGGCCAAGUGUACGAAGGCGGCCACGCAGUCGCCUUCGGCAUGCUCAGCAAGCGCUUCCUUGGCCUUGGCUACGGCUCAGCGUGGGCGUGCUUCAUCGUGGCGGCCUACUACAACGUGCUGCUCGCUUACGCGUGCCUCUACUUCGUCGCGUCCUUCCAGAACCCGCUGCCCUGGGCCGCCACGGCCAAGACAGCGCAGCUCUGCAAAACGGCCGGCGCGAGUGCGGCGUCGUGUGCGGCUCUGGGGACCGAGUGCAUGUGGGCGGAUGGGGAGUGCUCUCAGGCGCUCAUUGGAAAGGUCAGCGAUUCACACAGGCAGCGCACAAGCCGGGUCCACCUUGGUGCACAUAAUCACACUGCUUCUCUCUCUCUCUCUCUCUCUGUGGAUGUGCAGGCGAAUGCGUAUCUGUACGAGACGGUCCUGGAGCAGAGUGAAGUGAGCGGCGGGAUUGGCUGGCUGGUUCCCCAUAUAGCUGUGGCUGCGUUGGUCGUGUGGUUGAUCUGCUACCUCUCGAUGUUCAAAGGGGCAUCCCAGCUCGGCCGCGUGGCCUCCGCCUUUGUGGUGCUGCCCUUUGUGCUGCUGGCCGCCCUCAUCAUCACGGGACUGUCGCUGCCCGGCAUGGAAAUGGGCGUACAUCAAUACAUAGGUACCUUUACGAAGACAAUAUGUCUGUCUGUUGUCUUCGUAUCGAUCACGUGUGUGGCAGGUCGUUGGGACUUGUCGAUAUUGUCGUCGCGGCCUCAGAUCUGGUCGGAUGCUGUUUCCCAGAUCUUUUUCAGCGUGGGUUCCGUAUGGGGCAUGAUGACGGCAUAUGCGUCAUACAACAAGUGAGCGAGCAGAGUGGGAUGGCUGCACAGUCGAUUUGGUGGUGUUCUUAUGUGUUUGCAGGAAGGGCCAGAACGUGGCGCAGGACGCGCUGAUAGUGUCCCUGUCGAACUCUGCGUGCUCGAUCCUCGCUGGACUCGCUGCUUUCUCAAUAUGCGGGUGCGUCGCUAACUCACCGGCGCGAACAGGCUACUUGUACCCACUUUCCAUGUGUGUCGGUCCAUCUAUCUGCAGGCAUCUCGCCUACGAGGCUGGCAUUCCACUAAAAGAACUACCGACGGAAUCGAUGGGUCUGGCAUUCGUCAGUUAUCCGAUCGGCCUGGCGCAGAUUCCUGGAUGGGGGGCCCGGCUGUUCAACGUCUUCUUCUUUGCCGUUCUCAUUUGUCUGGGUGUUGCGUCAGCAUUUUCUUUCGUGGAAUGUCCGGCGACUGUUCUGCUGGUAAGUGACCGAGGGAGUGGGAGACGCACCCGCACGCAGCUAUCGGGCCACCUCUCAUGUAUGUCGCGGUAGGACACGUCAUGGUUCGGUCGGGUGCCUCGGUGGUUGAUGGUGGGCAUCUUGAGUGUGGUGGGGUACGGCCUGUCGCUCGUCUACUCGACGGACAUCGGCUAUCACCUCAUCGACGCCAGCGACUGGUACGUCGCCAACGUCCUCGCCCUGUCAUUGGGCUUCCUCGAGUCGGUGGCCGUCGGGUGGGCCGCGAGAAUCGAUGUGCAGGAAGGGCACAUCGGCAAGAAAGGUAUGUGCGGAUCGAGAUGAAGAUGGCAGGCAUGCAUUGUGUGUGUGUUUGUGUUGUCAGCUCCAUGGGUGUUGAUGUGUGGGUUCGUGG